AUGAUCAUUGGAAAAAGACGGUUGAAACAAAUAAAACUCAUUCUUGUAUCUCCUACAUUAGAGAAGAUUACAGUAUUAUCAUAUCUAGUCUUAAUACCAUUAAUGGUAGGUAACAUAAUAAUCUCAAAAUUAGAUGAUGUAUGAAACUUAUGGAUUAGGUAAUGGAUAUUUAAAUUUGUAUUAAAUCAAAUCUUAAUUCUAAGUGAGUACUUGGCGUAAUAGUUCGACAGUUGAAGAAGCAUUCAAUUAUUUGAUGAAUGUUUUCACACCAAAAUAUUUUGCAAAUUAAUUUAAGUCAUCUCAUAUACCACUUUCAAAUUUAAUUAUAGCUUAAACACGAAAUGCUAUUUAAAAAUGUAAUACUAAUAUUAUAAAUUGUGAAUAUGGAUCAGACUAAUAUUAAGAAGUAGAAUUCUAAGCUUUAGAUGUUAAUAAAUGUGUUUCUGAAAAUUGUACAGAGUUUAUUUAAAGUUAAAAUGCUUUUGGAGGAAUAAAAAUAGGAAUAGAUGGUCAUUAUUAAACAUAUUAUGAUUUCUAUUAUUAUAGUGUAUUAAAAAUAGCAGAUAAUUACACAGAUUUUUAUACAAAAUUAAUUGAAAAUAAAUGGGUUGAUAAUCAUACUGAAUCAAUUGGAAUAUUUGGAUCACUUUAUGAUUUGAAUAGUUAAUAAUAAGUUUAGAUAACUUUAUUAUUAGAAUAAUAAUUUGCUAAAUACCCAUUAUAUUUAUAAGAAACAUUUUUUUAAUUGCCUUUUUUUGAUUUUAAAGAUACUAUACAUAUUUUGUUAUUUUCUUAUUUGAUAUUUAUUGGACUAUUAAAAAUAUUUAGAACCAUGUUGGAAUUAACAUAUAUUUUUUCAAGAUUCAAUUUCUUUUUUUAAUUGUAUAACUUUGCUGCACUUAUUGUUUAUUGUAUAGUACAUUUUUAGAUUCUUAUUGUGAGAGAUUAAGCUUAAGAUAAUAAUUUAAUAUUUUCUAGAAGUAUAUUGGAAAAUAAUUUUAGUGGAAAGAUUUUAUCAGUUGGUAAUGCAUUAUUAAUAAAUGAUUAUCAAACUACUGAGGAUGUUGGAAAAGUUUUGCUUUUAUUAAGUUAUCCAUAUUCAUUUGUGUAAUUUAUAUUAUUUUUUAAUGCCGAAUGGAUUUAGAAUUAUCAUACAUUAUAAAUGCGUACUAUGCCUGGUCUUUUGACUUGUUCAGUCUUAUCAUUAGCUUUUUAUAUCUUAACAGUUUUACCUCAAGGCUAUUUAGAUAAAUAAUAUAGGACAGGUCAUCAUUCUAUCAAUUAUAUAGCUUAUUUAUUUGCUUAAUUAUUUUUAGAUAAUUACCAAGAUGAUGAAGUAUUCUAUAUAUAAUAACAGAAUUUAGGAUUAAAAAUAAUUAUUAAGCAUUAUAAUUGAGAUUUUGCAUUAUCUAUUUUAGAUUCUCAUAGCUUUAUAUGUGAUUGCAUUAUCUAUAGAAGGUUUUAGAAAAGCUUCAAUAUAUGAAAUGCCUUAUUAAACUAAAUAUGACAAAGAAUUUAUCUAAAAUUUUGAUAAUCUUAAUAUAAAAAUAAAUAAGUAAUAUAUAUAAUAUUUAUUUAAAAGGGUUUUAAAAUAAGUAUAAAAGUUGUUUAUAAAAGAGAAAUAAUCUUAAGGUAAGAAAAUAAAUAGAAGAGAAGAAGAUAGAUAAUCAUAAAUAUUAGAUGAUGAAGAAACUUUAAGUGAUAUGUCAGAAACUAAAUCUGAUAAAAUAUUAAUAGUUUUUGAGAUUAAUAAUGCAUUUUUAGAAGAUAUUAAUAGAUUCAAAGCCAGAAGAGAUGCUAAUUAUUAUGCAUAAAAAAGAGUGAAGUAUUCGAAAUCCAAUAAGGAUUAAGCUUCAUCUUAAAAAAUUAGAAUUAUUUAAUCAUUACUUUAAAAAGAUAAAGUAAAUUAAAGAUUACAAGUAAUGUUAAGCAAACAUUGUAAAUUAUAAAUAAUAAUUAUUUAUAGAAACAAAUGAAGCUUAAUACACAUAAUUAUAAGAAGAUUAAGUAGAAUAAAAUAAUGACUUCUUUUAAAAUUUUAAAGAAUAAAUAAGUGAUUAAGGAGUAAAGAUUAGAGAAUUUACUAUUAUUGAUUAAGUCAUUAAAUUUUUAGAAAUGCUAUUAAGAUUAAGACCAGAAUUUUUAAGUUUAAAUGCAGAAUAAAGAAUUAGAAUAAUGUUUUAUAUAAAUUCAGAUUAAGUAGAAGAAGAGGAUGUAUAUAAAUUAUUAAGUUUUUUAAUUGUUAACUUAGCAAAAUAACAUUUGAAUUAUCCUAUCCUUGUAUUUUCUUGUCAUAAAGAGUGGUAUAUUGAAAAAGAAUAAUAUUUAAAAUUGAAAAAGUUUUAUAGAAAUAUAUUUUCAACUUUAGAGAAGGAAUGUGCAUUAGAUUUUAGUUUAAUGUAAACAUCAUUCUUUGAUUUCUAAUUGAAAUUUUCAAAAGAUUAAUAAUUUUAUGAGAAGGAAAAUUAAGAAGAAAUAUCUAAUUCAAUGAUAGAAGAAGGAGAAGACAAAUCAGAAUUACUUUGA